AAACACAGAUUGACAUGGAAGCUGGGAGGCUAGUAGAAGCUACUUUUAAGUGAGCAUUGUUGUAUAAACCGUAUAUACAAAUAUUGAGAGGAAAACAACGCCAAACACACCGAUCUCCUGUCGAGCAGAUUAUGAGCAUCGAAACACUGAUUCGCAUCACGACAAUAUUUGCAACAUGUCGAUGGAGGAUCCAUUUUUCGUGGUAAAAGGGGAGGUUCAGAAGGCAGUGAACACUGCUCAGGGUUUGUACCAGCGAUGGAGGGAGCUGCUUCAGGACCCCAGUGGAGCCACCAAGGAGGAGGUGGACUGGACCACCAACGAGUUGAGGAACAGCCUGCGCUCCAUCGACUGGGACCUGGAGGACUUGGAUGAGACCAUCAGCAUUGUGGAAUCGAACCCUAGGAAAUUUAACUUGGACUCGGUGGAGCUGACCAAAAGGAAAGCCUUCAUCACCAGUACGAGACAGACAGUGAAGGAAAUGAAGGACCAUAUGUCGAGCCCAAUGGCACAAGCAAUGUCAGAUCGCAAAACCAGACAGGCCCUGCUGGGAGACAGUGGUGAUCAGAGGCCGGGCUGGAGCUCUGGAGCUGAUAAGUACACACGGCUGGACCAAGGGCUGCACACAGCCAACUCCCAGUACGUGGAGGAGCAGCUGUCUCAGCAGCAGCUGAUCGUGGAGCAGCAGGAUGACCAGUUGGAGCUGGUGUCUGGCAGUAUUGGGGUUCUGAAGAACAUGUCUCAAAGAAUAGGACAGGAGCUGGACGAGCAGGAUGUGAUGUUGGAUGAUUUUUCUCACGAGAUGGACAGCACUCAGUCUCGCCUCGACAACGUCAUGAAGAAGCUGGCUAAAGUGUCCCACAUGACCAGCGAUCGUCGCCAGUGGUGUACUAUCUGCAUCUUGCUCGCCAUCCUGUUUAUCGUGCUGAUACUGUUCUUCGUUCUGUAACUCGCAAACGCUUUCAUGAUUGACUCCGGGUUCUGGAGCUCAUCGGACACAGAGGACAGCAUGCUUCCUCAAGCUACUUUUCUACUGAAAAAACCUAAACACGAGCUGUCUUUUCAGAUGUUUAGGAUGUCUGAAAUUUAAAACCCACCAAAGCAGAAUUAAAAGUUGAACUCUCUUGUAAAUUAUUUCUUUUCAAAUCGCAAGUUGUACCUUUUUAAUCCUGUUGACAUUUGAUCUGUUAUCAGCUAAUUUUGAAAAGAAAUUAAUUUAUAAGCAAGUUCAAAUCUAAAGGAAUGCUAACCAAGACUUCUGGUGCUUUGCUUCUUUCUUUUAAUUUGGUUUAAUGGAAGAAAAUGAAUUUUAAAGCCUUGGUAAGGAGAGAAUGACUACAUAUAAAGCUGUGCCCUGUGUGGAUGUAAAUCGAGUGCCUAUAGGAAGUAUUGACCCCCCCUUUGACGUUUUCACAGUUUGCUGUGUUACAUCAUGAAAUCUUGAUGC